AUGAUGGAUGGCUUCUCACCUCACCUGUCCGACGUAGGCGCCAACGACAAUGACGGCCAUGCCGACAAGGGCCAUGACAUUGGUGAGGUCAAGGCCGACAGCGCGCUCAAUAAGCCGCCGCCGCUCCGCGCCUUUGUCUGGGCUGAGCUGCCCGCCGAGCUGAGGAACCAGAUCUACGACCUCGCUCUGACUUCUCCUUAUCCGGUCGCCAUCAUCAAGGGCCGCCGCCUCUACAACUUCGGUACCCUAGCGUGCUACAAGCGCAACACGGAAAUGAUCUUCACCCUCAUGAACGACCACGAUUCCUGCAGUCACGAUACAUGCAAACACAAGCUCGCGCCGAACCUGCUUCUCGCCAACAAGCAGACCUACAAUGAAGGCAUCAGCUUCCUCUACAGCAACGAGCUUUACUUUGGCUCGAGAACCAUCAUGUAUCACUUCUUUAACCAUAGCAGGCGUCGCGCGAACGCGAACAAGUACGUGAAGAGGCUGACCUUGCCCAUGGACCAAAUGAACUACCACGUCUCCGAUCACAUUGUCGGUAUGGAUCUCGACAGCCUGACGUUGGUCCAAGAAUAA